CGGAAAAUACGUCUAAUUGGACAAAUAAUCCAGCAAUUACUUAACACAAGUUUUGUCCCAAUAGUAGCUAGUAGCUAGAUAGCACAAAUCCCUCAUCCAUACACAACCACUCAUCCCCCUCUCCCCUCUUGCACCACAACACUCUCCUCCUCCUCUUUAAACCACACAACCCUAGAGAAUCGAGAAUCAUCAACACGCAAGGAUGGGCUGCGCGAGCUCGAAGCGCGUCGAGGCGGCGGUGGCGGCGGCCGACGUUUACCACCCCCCACCGACGAGCAUCGCCCUGUUCGACAUCAGCGCCAUCGAAGAGCCCUGGCUCAUCGCCACCGCCGCCGCGGUGAAAGAAAAGGAAGACGAUAACGAUCGCGAUGCCAAGAAGCCGACCGAAGCGGCCACGGCGAUACCGCUGCCUCUCCCUCUCCUUGAGAAGCUUGAAUCCUACGAGCUCGCACCUGCGUCUUGGUCGGAGGUGAGCAAAGCCCUCGAGGAGCUCAAACCAGCACUGCAAAACGCUUCGAAGCAAUCCAUUACUACAAAACUCCUCCCUGCUGCCGCUCCUGCUGUACCGAAGCCGCCGCCGACGCAGCCGAUGCCGCCGAGCAAGACUGCUGCGGUCCACACGCUCGACGACUUCGACCAUCAAAUGAAGAAAACUCCCCCGGCCGAGCUGGCGGGAUUCCGGGCCGUGAAGGAGAACAGCUUCGUCGUGCGCGACAGACAGGAGCGGGAGAGAAGAAGGGCGGGCGGCGACGAUGCCGCAGCGGUGAAGUGGCGGAGGAGGGACCCUUUCGAGGGGUAUCCGGAGAAGAUGCCACCGGGGAACGCCGAGGGGGUGGUGCUGUACACGACGACGCUGCGCGGGGUGCGGCGCACGUUCGAGGACUGCGAGCGGGCGCGGCAGGUGGUGGAGGCCUACGCGGCGGAGGCCGGCAUCGGGGUCGACGAGCGCGACGUCUCCCUGCAUGGGGAGUAUUUGAAGGAGGUGAAAGAAUUGGCCGGCGAGGGGGCAGCGGUGCCGAGGGUGUUCAUGAGGGGGAGGUACGUAGGCGGGGUGGAGGAGGUGGUGGAGCUGGGGGAGAGUGGGAGGAUGAGGGAGAUGAUGAGGUGGAUCGCGGCGAGAUCGGAGAAAGGGGGAGGAGGAGGGAGGAGGCCGGGCGGGUGCGAGGGGUGCGAGGUGCAACGAGAAUGGCCUGAUCCUAUGCCCACUUUGUCACUGACUAGGGGAAAAUACGAUCCGUCCAUAGAUUGCAUCAUCUCAUCCUUCGUGGCAUCAUACAAUUCCGUUGUAUUACUACUAUUCACAGCAUUCAGAAAAAUUGAUGGUGUUUACAUAUAGUAUAUAUACUUACUGGUUUUAAGAAGGCUUGGUGUAAUUGUUGUAUUGUUGAAGGGAAUGCAUGUGUAGCUCCGGAUUAGAAAAAAUAGUUAAAUUAUUAUAAUGUGAUAUAAAUAGUUAAUAGAUCUAUAUGUGUGUGUUGUCAUUAUGCUGGGAUUGAGUUUAUAAAUUUUAGUUUGUUAGUGUGAUUUUCCCACUAAUUAACUUGUGGGAACAAAAUAGCACAAGAUGAACUGUCGCCAUAUUGAGA